AUGAUCAAGACGAUCAGCGAAGUGGACCCCACAGGAGCCCUUUUGAAUGCCAUGACUGAUCAAUACAGGCAGUAUCUCCACCACAGGCCGGACUCGAUGAAGUGCAUAGUCAAUAAACUGACAAACAGCAGUGACAACGGCGGUGCCUCCAUGCUGCAAGAGCUGGCGGACGCCAUGGACACCCAAAUAGACAGUGACAAGGAAGGCGAGGAUGACGAAAUGGCUUUCAAGGCUGCCACCGCAUGGGAGCCCGACCCCAUCAUUGACACCGAGAUCGUGCGCCGCAAUGAGAAGCGGCUCAACGACGUUGUGUCAACCCUAGUUGGCGUGUACGGCAGCAAGGACAUGUUCAUAGAGGAAUACCGCAAGACGCUGGGAGAAAAACUGCUGUCCAAGACGGACUACGACUGCGACCACGAGAUUCAAACGCUCGAGCUGCUGAAGCUGCGCUUCGAUGAGACGGCGCUGCACAACUGCGAGGUCAUGCUGAAGGACAUGGGCGACUCAAAGCGUAUCAACAGCACGCUGGUGAACAACGAGGGCACGUCCGCUGCCGUUGAGAGGCGGAGCAGGCGUGGAGAGCAGCUCGACCAGGCCAACUUGUCAGCAACCAUCAUCUCGGAGCUCUUUUGGCCGGAACUGCCAGACACCGACAUCAAGCUUCCGCCAGAAAUUCGCCAGCGGUUGGAUGUCUACGCAGAUCGCUACCACCAGCACAAAGCGCCCAGGAAGCUCGUCUGGAGGACGGGCCUGGGCUCCGUGGAACUGGCUGUCACUGUGGGCCGCACCACCCGCAGCUUCACGGUCAAUCCCACCUACGCCAUGAUCUUGUACAUGUUCCAGGCGCUGUCCAGGUGGACGCCGGACGACCUGGCGCGCGAGCUGGGCCUAACGCCCCAGGUGCUGCGGGCGAAGGCCCUGUUCUGGGUGAAUAACGGCGUCCUGGUGGAGGCCCGGGGCAGGCGGGGGGACAUGUUCUACCAACGAGCUGAGGCCCUGGACGACAGAGCAGGCACCGCAGCCCCCGCCGAUCUGGGCCUGGAGGACGAGGGCCCCAGCUGCAUGACCCCCGCCCCAGUGCAGGGCCACGAGGAACUGAAGGCGUUCGAAACCUACAUCGUGGACUUCCUCGCCAACGGGUGCAACCCCGGGGGCUGCACACUGGAGCAGAUCCACAAGCACCUGCGAAUGUUCUGCAUACGGCCAAAGUACGACAAGCUGCAGGACCAGCUGGCGGCCUACUUGGCGACGAUGAUGGAACGAAACAAGGUCGUACACCAGGGGGGAUUGUACAAAAUAAAAGCUGGGCGAAGCACAUAG